UGCCAAACAGACCGACCUUUUACCAAAAGUUCCAACAAGAACGCGCUUUCCCCUUUCUUCUCGCACACAGAGGGAGUCGAGAUUCAAGAAUGUGAGACUGGUGUGUUGAUUCUUUCUCUGUCUGAGCACGCAAAGAAGGAAGAAAAGAUGAAGAAAAAGCCACCCACUCGGAUCCCAUCACCACCACCGCCACCGCUGUCAUCUUCCCAGGACGAGGAGCUGAUGAUGGACCCGGUACUACCCACUGAUUUGAUCAUCAACAUCCUCUUAAGGCUGCCUGUGAAAUCCCUAGGUAAGUUCAAGUGUGUUUCGAAGCAAUGGCUUCAGUUAAUCACGGACCCACACUUCAUUUCUAUGCAUAGGGAGCUCUGCCUGCACUCCCCUAAUCUACUGUUAGUCAAAACUGUUGCCGUUUUGCAAGAAGCUCACAUGAAAAGAUGCACAAGGGUUGAUCUUUGUUCGUUGAACUUUGAUGGGUCUUGCAAGAAUCUUGACUUCUCCUUGUAUCUAGAGGAUGAUGAGAAGAACAUUGAGAUGUUGCCUUCUAAGUGGGAUCUAAUUUGCUUUGUGAGUGAGAGUGGGUUUUAUGCUUGUAAUCCUAGUACUCAGGUGAUGAUGAAAUUGCCUGAGGCCAGUUGUUGUACCUCGGGGGAGGUGAACGCGGGGAUGGGGUAUGUGAAGGAGAGGGAUGAGUAUGUGUUGGUGCAUUUGUUUGAUAGGAGCUUGGAUAUACAUGUGGAUUAUGACAUUGGUUGUGAGGUUUUGAGGUUGAGAGACGGGAAAGAUUGCUCGUGGAAGGUGGUGAAUGCGAAUUGUCCAUUUGUCGUUCGGGGCUGGGGAGUGUUGGUGGAGAAUGUGUUCUAUUGGAUGAUUUGGGAUGAGUACAAUCAGCCAGGGGAUGAGGCCAUUGUGUCCUUUGAUCUUGAAAAGGAGGAGUUUGGUACCGUAUCUCCUCCUGAAGGUUGUUUCGACCCCAACGGUGCCUGGUCCCUGGUGGAAUUAGGAGGGAGAUUAUGCUUAGUGGACAAUAUGGCACGGCCUCUAACUAUGGAUAUUUGGGUGUUGAAGGAUUUUGAGAAUCAACUUUGGGUUCGGGAAUAUAGUAUUAAUAUGAAUGCAUAUACUAACGACAUGCUGAAAUUUGUUAUUCCGUUCGAUUACCGAGAUGGGAAGAUAUUGAUGGAUGCAAAGCAAGAGAGUCUUGACUACUAUGAUGUGAAGAAGAAGCAGAUCAGAAGGAUGGACCAUUUGAUUGCAGGGGAGUGGACUUGGCUUCGGCUUUACACUGAAAGUUUCUUUUCCUUGGGAAGCAAAUAGAUACACGACAGGGUAAAGGGGAGGCUAAAAACUGUCUGCAGGAUGAGGUUUCUGGAGGACAAGUUGUUUUAAGGUAUGAUCCUCAGUCUCAAUAUUCAUUUGGUGAAGAAUUUCCAUACGUCUUUUCUGGAAAGUGAAGAAGUGUUUGCAGUUUGAUCUUUCAUUAUUCCUGGUAGUUGUUACUUUUGCUUCAUUAUAGUACAUUAGAGAAGUUACCUACUGAUGGAAGAUGACAACUUUAGGGUUUUCUUCCCAUUUAAAUAGUCAGGGAUAAUUGCAAUUUUGGUCCUUAAACAUUGUCACUUACGCAGUUUUGGCCCUCGAACAAUUUGGUGUUGCAGUUUUUGGUCCUUAAACUGUUAUUUAAUGAAGCAAUAAUUUUUUAUAUAAUCUUAACAAAACAUUGCCAAUAACAUGUUUUAUGUAUAAUGCAAUACCUACAACAUAUGUGUGACGCAGAAAAAAAGACAUCCAUACUGAAAAAUAUAUAUCCUUGAAUUAAUUAAACAUCAAUACAAUUCAACAUAAUAUUCCUCGAAAGAAAAGUAAGGAAAUGAGUGCAUUGGACCAAAGCUUGAAAAAUACCGCAACAUGGGAGGAAAAUGACAUUUUUUCCCCUUCAAAUGAAAACAUUGUUAACUUUAAUGGCUUUAUCAACGGAAUGACUGAAAACACCAAAAAGUAACAGUUUGAGAGCCAAAACUGCAGUAUCAUUGUUUGAGGUCCAAAAUUGAGGCCAUGUUUGAUGACCAAAAUUGGAUUUAUCCUAAACAAUCAUAUCUAGUUCAAGUUCACUUUAAAACAUGUUAUAAACUCAUAUAUCUUAUAAAAUGUUUUACAAGCUAGAUGUCAAAUUUUAUUUUUAAAAUAAGCUGUUGAAGUCCUUGGAUUGGACAGAAUUAUGGUGUUUAUAAGAUGUUGUUGACUGCGAUUUUUUAUUAAUAUGAUCAAAAUUUAAGGAGUGUGGUAAAAUCUUAAAAAUAAGUUCAGAAUUCCGAAUUCCUUGUUUUUUUCCCCCUUCUCUUCCUUAAAGGAGCUUAUAGUGGCUUAUUUGUUGACUGUAUAAGCUCUUCUGAAAAUUUUACCAAACACUCUUUAAUAUUUUAUGAAAUAUUUUGAAGAGAUUAUAAGCUCGUCCAAAGACCCUCUUAGAUGCAUAGUUUUUAAACCCAGAUUGGACCGAUCCUUUUAAGCGGUUUAACAGGGAACCGGUUCUAUGUUCAGUUGGACUUCAAAUUCGGCACUCGUAAAAAACCUAUUUUAACUUUUAAAUUUCUAAAAAGAACUGAAGAUGAGAAAAGAAGACGGAAACGCAUUGCCAGAUUGUGCUAAUGAGGGCGUGGUGGCUGGAGGUGGUUGGCGCGCACUGCGCAGGUGAGCAGCGAGUCUGGUGGGUGGUGGGAGUUUGGAAGAAACUUGCAGCAUAAGUUGCAUAACUUUUUACCAGCGUACGGGCGAGUUUGCUGCUGCUCACCCAGAGUUGCGACCAUUGAAGGGGAAAGGGAAAGAAAGAACAGAUGCAGAAUUUGGAAUUCUAUUGGAAAAUUCUGUUGUUUUUGGAAGUUGAAACCCAUUUUUACACUAUAUAUUGAUAAUGUAUAUAUUAUAGUUUGUGUCAAUCAGAUGACCCAAUAAAUUGUCCUAUUUAAGUA